AUGGCCCCCAUCUCAUUGUCCACCCCUUUCGCCGUCUUGGCCAAGUCCCAGCCUGCCCCGAGCCGCCUCGAAGAGCGCGGGUCUCAAGUCAACGUUACGAGCACCUACUCUCACUCUGAGAAGGACAACACGGGCAAUCUUGUCGACGAGGAGCGUAAUGCUAUGCACAACGUGUUGGUUGGGGGCUGCAUCAUCGCCUGA